GAAAUAAAAAGGCAGUGUUUAGAUGAGAUGAUGAGGCACUCACUGCCCACCAUCCGUCGAAGAUAAACCAACAAUGUCGUAAAACUUAAGUUUUCAAAACUUCCUUUCAUUUCUUUGCUGAUUGCUGAUAGCUGAUAGCAUACCAAAGCAGAGGAAGAACAGGAACAAGAACAAGAAGAACAGACCCAAAAUAAACAACAAAACUAUGGCUCUCAGAAUGUGGGCUUCUUCUACUGCUAAUGCUCUCAGACUCUCUUCUUCAUCCAAAACCCUUCUCUCUCCUCCAUUUUCUAUCUCCAGAUGCUUUUCUACGGUUUUGGACGGACUGAAGUAUGCUUCUUCACAUGAGUGGGUGAAACAUGAGGGCCCUGUUGCUACCAUUGGCAUCACUGACCAUGCUCAGGACCAUCUGGGAGAAGUGGUGUUCGUGGAUCUGCCAGAAUCAGGAGCUCCGGUUUCUCAAGGUAAGAGCUUUGGAGCAGUGGAGAGUGUAAAAGCAACCAGUGAUAUCAACUCCCCAAUCUCUGGUGAGAUUGUUGAAGUUAAUCCACAGCUGAAGGAUUCACCUGGUUUGAUCAAUUCAAGUCCAUAUGAAGGAGGUUGGAUGAUAAAAGUGAAGCCAAGCAAUCCAGCUGAAUUAGAUUCCUUGUUUGGUCCAAAAGAAUACACAAAGUUUUGUGAGGAAGAAGACGCAGCGCACUAGAGGUGAGCAACAAAUGUGUAUUCCAAACAGGGCUUGAGUUAAUAAUCCUUUUGAAGCUGCUUCAUUUGUUGAAACCUCACAAGCUAUGUCUGAGGAGAAAGAGAGCCAAAAAUUACAAGCUCUUGUGAGUUGAAAUGUGCCCAAAACUUCAUCCAUCCUUGAAUGUUUAUCCCACUUGCAAUUAAUUGAAUUACUCUGCCAUAUUUUUAUUCA